UCGCCGUCAAUCUGGUUAGUCCGUCAUGCAGUUUGCUUAUUUAUAUCGACGUGACUGGCCUGCUUCGGUCACCUCAUUUUGCUUCUUCCACUGCCUCCAGACUUAAGACUUAAGACUUAAGACCUCACCCAAUCCCUCUCCUCUCGGUCUACCUACCAACCUCUUGCCCCUCACAUAAUGGCUCCCCUCCGUCCCAACACCGACUACGAGCGCUGGCUCCGUGACUCCAACCCCGACCGCAUGCUUGCCGCCGAACCUGACUACGGCCAAGUGCAAAAGGCCGCCGAGAUGGAUUCCGCUCUGGAAUACCAACCACCCCUCUCCAACCCUCAGAUCUACAUCAUGCGAGACGACAAAUCCUUCCAGGUCUGGGAAAACAGACCUCCCUUCUCCACCGCAUACAUCAUCCCCGUCUUCGUCGUAAUAGUCGCCAUCAUCUUCAUCAAGACGCGACAUUCGCGGAAAGAGGGCGCCGUCAGCCUGAAAGGAUAAUUUUGUUAUUUGGGUGGUGUUUUGCAUGGUCCGGCGUGGUUGAUUUGACCUUGUCCGUCUUUUGAGUUUAUGUUCAUGCCGAUGUUAAUAUUUCAUACCCUGUUCUAUACCUAUGCUAUGUCAGAAGCGAUGAUUUCAUUUGUCUAUAUUUUAUUUUCUUUCCUCUUUGAUCCUUGGGUCCUUGUUCGUCCUUGUUCGUCAGAAGUUGGUUGCUUUAUUGCAUCACUUGAAUCCCACUCGGAUG